AUGACGUACGAUUUCGAAACUUGCUUUUGGGAUAAAGAUGACAAAGGUGUCAAUGUAUUACUAUCACAUAUAUCUGCAGGUAUAAAAUCGUGUGAUACCAUGAUUACUUUCUUUAAACAGAAAUGUGAAAUUGAAAAAGAUUAUGCAAGAAGAGUUGGUGCAAUCAAUGAAAAAUUGAAUAAAGAUUUGAAAAUUAAUGUAGAAUUUGGUCAAUUAGCUGAAUCAUUUAAUUUAUUAUAUGAGACUGAAGUCUCCAAGGCACAAUCUCAUUCUAAACAAAGUGAGUUGAUUUAUAGACAAAUUUUUAACGAUUUGAAAGAUUUCACUAGUGAAUUGCAAGCAAGGUAUACUACAUUAAGUGGGAAAAUUGAAGGUUUGAGGUUGGAUAAAUUUAAUAAAAUGAAAGGUUGUGAAGAUCUUACACAAAGAUUAGAAAAAGCAGAGAUUAGAGUAAGGGAUUUACAAUUGAAUCAAAAUAAUAUUAUUGGAUCGAAAAGAGUGGAACAAAAUAAAAGGGAUUUAAUUAAAUGGGAAUCAAAUACUCAAGAAAUUAAAAAUCAAUUAUCCCUUUUGAAACAAGAAUAUAAAGCUUCUAAAAAAUAUUGGCUUCAUGAAUGGGCUGGAUUAACUAUUGAAUUCCAAAGAAUGGAAACUGCUAGAAUUUCAUUUUUACAAUCUAAAUUACAACAAUAUUUACAAACGGCAACGGAAACAAGUUUAUUAGAACAAACUAAAAUGGAAAUAUUAAAUAAUAAAUUAAUGAAUUUCGCUUCCAAUGAUGAUAUUUCAAAAUUUUCAAGUGAAUAUGGGACAGGUAGAUUGAAAAAGGAAAAACGUUCAAAAAAUAGAGAAACAAGUUCCCAUACUAAUCAUACUGUUAAAGAUACUACUCAACUGAGGAACUCAACCCAACCUAAAAGGAAUUCGCUAAACAUAUCUAACAUCAGCAACUCUAAAAGAGAAUCCUAUAUUGAUAAUAUCAGAACACUUUCUUCUCAAAUUCAAGAAAGUGUUAAUAGUAAACCUAAAAUUACACAAAAUCUGAAUAAUCUAAUGUAUCAAUCAUUGCAAGAAAAACCAUUACCAAUUCCUGUGGAAAAAACAACAAUAAAUGGUCAAAAAUCAAUAACAGAUAAUGAUGAUAAUAAUAAUAGACCAGCAACGCAAAUUACUGAAACGAUAAAACUAAGACAGGACCAACUUUCGAAAGAUACACCUAGAGCAUAUAAAGAAAUUGUAAUUGAUCUCGAAGAAGAAAGUGAGAAAGAGAAGGAGAAGGAGAAGGAGAAGGAGGAAGAAAUAAUUAAAAAUAACAAAAUGUCAAUAUUACCAUAUAAUAAAGCAAGUAGACAUACAAACUCUCUCACAUCAACUGAGAUUGAAUCAAAUUCUGUAUCACCUUCAGCUUCCACUUCAUCUGGAUCAAAUCCAACAGAUUUUACAACACAUGUGAAAAACAAACAAAGUAUUGAUUCAAUGACCACAUCUGUAAGUACAAUGGCAUCAACUAUUGAUGAUUCUCAACGAUUUGCUAAAUCAUGGAAUUCGAUGAAUAGGAAAAGAAAAUCAAUCAGUUAUCUACAAUCUCUAUCGAAUUCAACUUCGCCUACUUCUUCAUCUUCAUCCCCUCCUAUCGAUAGAAGGAGUACCUUCCUUGAACAACAACAACAACAAGAAGAAGUAAAGACAAAUGAACAAGAACUCAGAAAUGUCAGUAGUACAAAUUCAAUCAGAAUAAAUCCAAACAUAAGACAAUCUCAAAACAUUGAAAAAGUUCCUGACCCAUAUAGACAAUCAUUAAUAUCAGGUCAUUCUGAAUCAAUACAGAGAAAAGACCCCCAGACUGAUACAUUGGGAAAAGGCCAGAUUAAUGAUAAUGGUAUAAUAAUAACGUUACCAUUGACAACGAGGAAUGGUGAGCAUGUUAUCAAAUAUGCAAAAGCGUUAUAUCCAUUGAUGACAGAUCAAACAAGUACGGAAGUUAUAAAUUUCGAUACAAAUGAUUAUAUCUUAAUUAAUGAAGUUAUUAAUGAAAAUUGGUUUAGAGGUGAAGUUUAUGAUAAUGAUAGAAUACCUGAAGAUCGUCGUUCUGGAUUAAUACCCUUCAAUUUUAUUCGUUUGUUAUCGUGA